UGCUAUGAUAGGUAGGCGACUUCAUUUAUGAGGGUUUCCUUGUGUGCCCUGCCGCCGCCGCCGACGCUCCCCUAUCCACUCCUCUGCUAUCAACUCUCUAUCUCUCUCACACGAUCGAUCCGUCCAUAUCGCUCGGUGAGACCGCCUUCCUUCUCGAGGAGAAAUGCAGAGAGCACUCCAAUCAUUACGAUUGCAUGGAAAUGUUAUUAAAAAUGCUAUGCUCCAACAUAUUCGUGUCAUGAACCCAGCCACGCUACCUACUGUGUUUUCACGUUUUGAGUCAGUUUCUUCUGCUCGAUUGGAAGAGCAUGGAUUUGAAAGCACCACCAUCCGAGAUAUUAUGAAAGCUAAAGGCAAGAGUGCUGAUGGUUCCUGGCUGUGGUGCACAACUGAUGACACUGUUUAUGAUGCUGUGAAGUCGAUGACACAACACAAUGUCGGAGCUUUAGUGGUGGUGAAAUCUGGAGAAGACAAGGCAAUUGCUGGGAUUGUCACUGAGAGAGAUUAUCUCCGGAAGAUCAUUAUCCAGGGCAGAUCGUCCAAAUCAACUAAAGUUGGAGACAUCAUGACUGAGGAGAACAAAUUGAUCACUGUGACACCAGAUACCAAAGUUCUGCGGGCAAUGCAACUUAUGACAGAUAACCGCAUCAGGCACAUCCCUGUGAUUGACAACAACGGUAUGAUCGGCAUGGUCUCCAUCGGUGAUGUUGUUCGAGCCGUGGUGAGCGAGCAUCGCGAGGAGCUGAACCGUCUCAAUGCAUAUAUCCAAGGGGGUUAUUAGAAGUCUUUUCUAGGAUCUAAUAAUGCUCAAUGAUGAUGGCGAAGAAGAUGGUUUUGAGCAGUAGGCGUCGGGACCUUAUGCUACUUGUUAAGCAUGUGUGUACAUAUAUGUCGUGCUUUGCUUGCGCGUGUGUUGGUCUUUGCUAACUGGAUAAACCUUCUUAUCCACUCUAUCCAGUGAAGUUUAUGGGUAAGCUCGUUGGAUCUUUUGUGCU